AUGGAGGUGGUGGAUGAGACGGAGGCUCUGCAGCGCUUCUUCGAAGGCCACGACAUUAAUGGAGCUCUGGAACCUUCCAACAUCGACACCAGCAUUCUGGAAGAGUACAUCAGCAAGGAAGACUCACCAGAUAUCUGCUUCCCGGACAUCCCUGCCUCAGCCAGCUACGCACACACCCAGCCUUCCGGCUCUGCCUCUGUCAGCGCUCCUGUUGCCAGCUCCAUCUCCAGUGUCGCUCAUGUGACCAACCCAGCUUCCAGUGGUGCCCUCCAUCUCUGUCCCCCAGGCAGCCAAGGCCCGGUCCGUCAUGGUCCUCUUUUGGCCAACCCCUGUGGACCCAGCUACAGUGCUCACCUCAACUGCAAUAACAACAAUGGCAUGGUGGUGCCCAAGGGGUACCUCAGCGGCCACUGCCUGAAUAACGUGGUCCCUCCAAUCAAAUCGGAGCCCAAGGCCUCCUAUGCACCCGGCACUUUACCCGACUCUCCCCCGGACUCUGGAUCAGAAGCCUACUCCCCCCAGCAGGUGAAUGAGCCUCACCUCCUCCGGACCAUGACCCCCGAGAACAUGUGCCACAUGACCCCACCUUCCCGGCUGGAGCACCCUCCCCCGCCUCCCCACCUUCAGGGUCCCCCACCACCUCCGCCGCAUCCACACCAGCAGCAGCACAACCCCCACUAUCCCAGUAUGCAGCGGGACAUGUUCAUGAAGCCUGAGCCGCUGAUGCCGCCGUAUGUCAUCGGGCAGGGCAUGUCCCCAGGCGAUCUCCACCACGCCCAGCAGUCGCAGAUGCUUCACCAGCUCCUGCAGCAGCAUGGAGCAGACCUCCCAGUUCACCCAGCCAAGAAGAGGAAACACUCAGAGUCGCCCCCCAACACACUCAACGCACAGAUGCUCAACGGGAUGAUAAAGCAGGAGCCAGGUAUGGGGUCUGUGCCACUCAACCCUGACAGAGUCCAAACGCCUCCCUGGCACCAGCAGGGGGCACUCUCACCAGGGCUAAUUCAAGACAACGACAGCUUGAACGGCUCCUACCUGGAUCCCAACUACCAGUCCAUAAAGUGGCAGCCGCAUCAGCAGAACAAGUGGGUGACUCUCUACGAUGCCAACUACAAGGAGCUCCCCCCACCCACGUACCGGGUGGAUGCGGACAAAGGCUUCAACUUCUCCGUGGGCGACGAUGCCUUCGUGUGCCAGAAGAAGAAUCACUUCCAGGUCACGGUCUACAUCGGCAUGAUCGGAGAUCCCAAGUACGUGAAGACUCCUGAGGGCCUGAAGCCCCUCGACUGCUUCUACCUGAAGCUGCAUGGAGUGAAGUUAGAGGCCUUGAACCAAUCGAUCAACAUAGAGCAGUCACAGUCUGACCGCAGCAAACGGCCCUUCAACCCUGUCACGGUCAACCUGCCUCCGGAGCAGGUCACGAAGGUCACCGUGGGGCGGCUGCAUUUCAGCGAGACCACGGCUAAUAACAUGAGGAAGAAGGGCAAGCCCAACCCUGACCAGAGGUACUUCAUGCUCGUGGUGGCCCUCCAGGCCCAUGCCCAGAACCAGACCUACACGCUGGCUGCCCACAUCUCCGAGCGCAUCAUCGUCAGACAAAGGGCCAGUUCGGGGGUAAAACACAAACGGAGGGCGGACGGGGACCCCGGAGUCUGCAGACAAGCCUCUAACCCGGGUCAGUUUGAGAGUGACAGCGACGUCCUCUGGCAGCGGGCUCAGCUCCCUGACACAGUUUUUCACCACGGCCGAGUUGGCAUCAACACCGACCGCCCCGAUGAAGCCCUGGUGGUCCAUGGCAACGUGAAGGUCAUGGGAUCACUGAUGCACCCGUCAGAUAUCCGAGCAAAAGACGACAUCCAGGAGGUGGACACCACAGAACAGCUGAAGAGGAUCUCCCGUAUGCGGCUGGUGCAUUAUAACUACAAGCCAGAGUUCACCGCCACUGUGGGCAUUGAAAGCACGUCUGAGACAGGUGUCAUUGCUCAGGAAGUGAAGGAGAUUCUUCCCGAAGCAGUGAAAGACACUGGGGACAUGGUCUUUGCCAAUGGGAAAACCAUCGAGAACUUCCUGGUGGUGAAUAAGGAGCGGAUCUUCAUGGAGAACGUUGGGGCGGUGAAGGAGCUCUGCAAACUGACCGACAACCUGGAGACCCGCAUUGACGAGCUGGAGCGAUGGAGUCACAAGCUGGCUAAGCUCAAGCGGCUGGACAGCAUGAAGUCAACGGUCAGCUCUGGGGCGUUCAGCCAAACAGGAAGUCAGUUCAGCCGUGCAGGAAGUGUGCCCCACAAAAAGAGGCCCCACAAAAUGGCCAGCAAGUCCCCAUCUGUUAUCACGGAACAAGCCUGCAUCAGCCAGCGCUUCUUGCAAGGCACCAUCAUCGCCCUGGUCGUCGUCAUGGCGUUCAGUGUGGUGUCCAUGUCCACCCUCUACGUGCUCAGCUUGCGCAACGAAGAGGACCUUGCAGAUAUUGAUGGCUCUUUUGCUGUGCCCACUUCCUGUCUCCUGGCCCUUUUUCGGCACAGGGGUCCUGGGGUCCCGGUUGCUCUGUGCCCACGAUUAAAUCAGAACUUUGGUAAGACUCAGCUUGUUUCUUCCACGGCUUCGUCAGACAGACCUAGUGAUGGCACUUCCCCGCACCCUGUGACAGUGAAUGGGCCUGACUCUGCCUAUCGCUUGCCCGGCCGUAGCAUCGCUGUGUGUUUCAGCCCUCCAUGUUUUUCCAUGUGCUGUUCUGCUGCUCCCACCAAUGCCUCCGCUGUUGCUGUCUCUGAGAGCAGCCCCACGCAUGCCCCCAACAGGACAGACCAGAUCCACACCUCCCUCCUGCCAGGGAUGAGUAUCAAAGCCAAAUCAAGGGGUGUGACGGGGAAGGUGACCUCUCACGCCAAGUGGCCAAAGACCCCGGAGCGGUCGCAGGGCUUCGGCAGCCCCAACGCCAGCCCCUCCUCCCCCUUCACCCACAUUCAGAGCAAAUCCAAAUACAUCUCCAGCUUCUCGCUGUCACGAAACAGCUUCCCGCUGGGGCAGACCCGGCAGCAGCGCAGCAUCACCCAGCCUGCCAGCCAGCAGCCAGGCAUCGCAGGCACUGGGCACGACGGGCCGGACGCUUCGCUCCGCUCCAUCCGGAUUGUGGAGAAUGACAUGACCAUCACUCCCCACUACUGUGCAGCCAGGGAUGCAUGCAGGAGAGGAAACAUCACCUACCGCAUCCCCAUCAGCCCGUCCACAGCAGUGAACACCAACCUGACCUUGGAGAUGAAUGCCUCCUCUGCUGUGUCCAUCUACCUUUGUGGCCUCCAGUCCAGUGACCCAUGUCAGAACACAAUGAGCAUGGACAGCUCCACCAACACCACAGACACCCAGGAAAUGACACAGCGUUGGCCCAUGGUGAUGCUGUCUUUCCGGGAGUUCACCUACCACUUCCGAGUAGCCCAGCCUGGCAAAGCCAACUGUAGUACCACCCCGGAGCACAUGGGACACCUCUUCACUGACUAUUAUUUCCAGUUUUACUGGCUCUGUGAGUGA